AGAGACCAUUUGUCAAAAAAUCACUUUCUCUGUCAGCCUGGAUGGUUAACAUUGAAUGUGCAGCUCUACCUCUAUAACACGGAGAGACGCCGUUUACUGGAACUCAGAGAAAGAUGGAUUGAUUGAUUGAUUUAUCAACUGCCACAGCAAUGACACUGUAAUGGAACAUAUUUCUGCAUUGAUAACGUAGAGAAUGGAGUCUGCUGAUGUAGGGACCCAUCUAAGGAGAUGAUGCAGAGGUAGAGGAUGGAACAGAAGGAAGAGAGAAGGAAGCGACGACCAUGAAGAAAUGAUACUGAACAGAUGAAGCUACAUUUCACUGCGUGGUUUUCCAGAUGAACAUCUUCAACAACUGGAAACUGGAAAUGAACAUCUCCCAUGUUUAGAGAUCGUCGUAUUUCUUGGGUGGGGAAAUAUUUUUGGAAUCUCCCGUCUACCUUUUAGACUUGGAACCACUUUUAUGGACCACCGGUGGACCUUUAACGGGCCCAUAUUAGUUUGAAACCAGGGGACAGGUGCAGGUACGACCAAGGAACAAGAGAAGAGAGAAGGAGAAGAGAGACAGGAGAACACCACCAUGGGGAAGCCUCUCAGCCGUCCGGGCUGCUUCCGGCAGAGUCCGUGCUGCUCGGAGAAGGGUGGCGUCAUCGAGGUGGGUGACGGUUACGGGGACGGCUACGUUCCUCAGCGCUCCAUCUACGACACCAUGUGCAUCAACGAACAGAUCGACCACGGCUCCUCCCACAGCACUCUGGGGUCGCGGGGAGGUCAAGAUCUCUCCAGGAACGGCUCCCUGGGACGCACAGGGGCGGGACUGGGGCUGCCCGACAUGUUCGACCCGCCGCGCUCCACGUCCGCCACCUCUAUGGUUCGUCGUCUGGACGAGAGGGUGAUCUACGACUCCCUGAAGCUGGGCCAGGAGGGCCAGGGGUCCCUGAGGUCUCCUGGGGGGUUUGGGAGAUCCGUCUCCCCAAGUGUGUCGUCCAUUUCGGCUCCUGGAGGCUCGGGGUCCACCUCGAGUGGGAAGAGGCACCAUCACCAUCCGCACCAUCAGCACCAGGAGGGCAGCCGGAAGGAGAAGGACCAGCUGGGGAGGCACUCCUGGAAGGUUCUGACCCCGCCCAGGCAUCUGGAGUGUCUGGAGCUGUCUGCAGGGGACAUGAUGGAGAGGAGCUUCCUGAUUCCAGGGGGCCAGGGUGGGUGCAUGUCCCUGUACCCCCACAGCAGCAGCAUGACCUCCCCCCUCAUCUCACCCUUCUCUGGUUCGCCCCUCUCCUCAGGAUACCACACCCCGGUCUUCUUCUCUCCAGCCAAGCACCGCCCCUCCCAGACUCAGAGUCUGAAGAUGUCGCCUCCCCCCCUCCAGCCUCGCCUGCCCUCCCAGACCCAGAGUCUGAAGCUCUCCCCGCCCUCCCACCAUCGCCACUCGCCCAACUCACCCCACUCCCCCUACCGACACCAGCAUUCCCCUCAUCGACCUCCACACUCCCCCCAUAGGCUACCCCACUCCCCUCAAAGGCUACCCCACUCAUCUUAUGGACACCCACACUCCCCUCACCCAUCAUACCCACCCCCCCACUCCCCUCACCCAUCCUACCCACCUCCCCUCUCCCCCCACCCUCCCUACCCACCUCCCCUCUCCCCCCACUCUCCCUACCCACCUCCCCUCUCCCCCCACUCUCCCUACCCCCCUCCCCUCUCCCCCCACUCUCCCUACCCACCCCCCCUCUCCCCUCACCCGUCCUUCCAACGUUCCCAUUCGCCGCAGCCUCCCCACUCCCCCCACCACCCGUACCACUCUGCCCAACCACUGACGCAACUCUCAGUUAAGAACCUUCAGAGAGACGUAAAGGAGAAGGAGAGGGGAGAGAGGGAGAGGGUGAGGGCAGAGAAGGAGAGAGAAAUAGUGGAAAUGGAGAGAGUGGAGAGGGAGAGGGCAGAAAGAGAGCGGGAACAGCGGGAGCUGUGGAGGGCAGAAAGAGAGCGGGAAGACAGGGCAAGACUGAGGGCAGAGAAGGAGAGGGAGAAGGAGAGGGAGAAGGAGAGGGAGAAGGAGAGGGAGAAGGAGAGGGAGAAAGAGAGGGAAAGGGAGGAAAGAGAGAGGGAAGAGAAGGAGAGCGAAGAGAAGGAGAAGAUGGAGAGAGAGAGGGAAGAGAGGGAGAGAAAAGAGAAGGAGAGGAUAGAAAGAGAGAGGGAAGAAAGGGAGAGGACAGAGAGCGAGAGAAAAGAGAAGGAGAGGAAAGAGAGUGAAAAGAAGAAAGCAGAGAGUGUGAAGGAGAGGGUGAAAAUAGAUAAACAGGAGGUUGAGAGUGAGAAAGGGAAGACUGACAAAGAAAGGCACUCUUCAUCAGAGGUCCAGGGUGAGUUUGGACCAGUCAGAACCAAACCCCUUGGCUCAGUAAUGGGACCAGACUCAGUCUUCCCAGAACCAGACCAGGAUACCACCCCCCACCAUCCUAGACAGAUACCCCCAGGACCAGGACCAGGGAACGGGCCUGGAGCCGGACCUGGGAUGGGCUCUCAGGGGAUGGAGUCCACCUGGCCUCGCAGGCUCAUCGUCAGGAAGAGGACAGUGAGACAGGGAGGAGCUGUCCACAACCUCCCCAUCCUCCCUCCGCUCCCCUCCGUCCUGGCCCAGGCAGCCCUGGAUAAGAAGAACCUGCCGCGACUCACUCCCUUCACCGAGCACCAGACCAGCAUGGUGGGGCUCCUGGGACGAUCCUCCCUGAAGGAGCAGUCUCUGGAGCAGUGGAGGGUCUUCAGGGAAUUGGAGGAGCCCAAGAAACUCUCAGCAAAAGCAGACAAGAAGGAGGAAAAAGGCAGGGGGGCGGGUGGUAAGACCAGGGCCGGGGGAUCUGAGAAAGGCGGGAAGACGUCCAGAGGGAUGGAGAGCAAGAAGAAGAAGGAGGAGAAAGGAAAAGAAGGGCUGGAGAAGGAUGAGAAAGGAGUGAUGGAGAAAGAAGAUGGAGGAGAGGUGGAGAAGGGUGAGAAAGUAGUGAUGGAGAAAGAAGAUGGAGGAGAGGUGGAGAAGGAUGAGAAAGUAGUGAUGGAGAAAGAAGAUGGAGGAGGGGUGGAGAAGAAGGAGGCUGAGACCAUUCAAAUUAAGGAGGAGAAAGAGAAGAUGGAGGAGAAGAAAGGAGAGGUGGAGGAAGAGAAAGAAACGGUGGAGGAUGAGGGAGGUGCAGAAAAGGCGGUUGUGAAAGAGGGAAAAGGUGGUGAGGAGUUGACAGUGGAGAAGAGUGGAGGAGAGGUUGUGGAGGAGGUGGAGGGUUGGGACACCGUCCUGGACAUGGUGAACACCUUGUGGGACGAGGGCUGGGGGGGUGACUCGGACUUCUGUACCGGCUCGCUCAAAAACUGGCCCUUGCUCAGACCCCCCUCUGGGUUCGGGGGUUCCCACCCCCCUUCCAGUGCUGCCUCUGAGCUCUCCCUGCAAGAGCUGGAGAGGAGGGCCAAGGAGGUGGAAGUAGAGCUGGCAUCUGUUGACCACCUGGACCUCUCUCACUGCCAGCCAGAUCCACACAGAGCCCAGAUGGCAGGCCAGCUGAGGGAUGAGCCCGGGAUGAGGAGAGAUCCAGGGGACCAGAGCAGAAGCCAACCCAGCCUUGAGCUUUUCCCCCUGGGCUCCUCCUCAGAUACACAGGCCUGGUCUGGAGGGAAGGAGGAGAAGGAGCUGAAGGAGCUGAAGGAGCUGAAGGAGGAGAAGGAGGAGAAGGAGCUGAAGGAGGAGAAGGAGCUGAAGGAGGAGAAGGAAGAGAAGGAGGACGGGUCUCCAGAUUCCAACCUGACUCUGGAGUCCGACUCCAGCGGCGUGUUCAUGUCGCUGUCCAACCCCAGUCACACCAGCCAGGAGGAGGAUGGUGGGUCAGACAGCGACCGGCCCAACACUGAGUCCGACCUCGGAAGCUCCAUCUCCCUGGACCAGGACAAGGAAGAGCUGAGCGGCUUCAAGGAGUGGGGGAGGGAGGAGAGCUCCGAGCUGGAAUGGUGUUACCCCUCUCUGCUGAGGGCCUCCUCCCACUGCGAGGGGGGGCAGGGGAAGGAGGCAGAGUUGGAGGCCGAGCAGAGGGGAACCGAGGGGAGGGAGGUGGGGAAGCAGGGCGAGGAAAGCAAACCUCUGGACAGCGCAAAGGGAAAGGAUAAAACCACCACCAGAACAGGCGCGACCACAGCUAAAGGAAGUGUGAGGCUGGCGGCGCGCGGCACUGCCAUCCUGUCUGGUGCAGACCCCCCUCGCCCUCUGUCCCCCACCAAGCACGCGCUGCGGCGUUCGGGCCUCGACAGCAGUGACAUCGACCCCUUCGUGGCGACCGACAGCUUCGUUUACCUGGCCGUGUCCGCCCGCGCCGUCUCCCAGGCCGAGGUCACCCCCACCUCCGAGGUCAGCCCCGCCCCUCCCUCCUCCUCCCUGCUCAAGCCCGGCCCCAACCUUGACGAGGGGGACUUCCUGUCGACAGACAGCUUCGUGUACCUGGCGGGGCCACAGUGCCAGCAGAUGGUCAGUGAAGGCCACUCCCCCUACAGUGGCUCCAAGGACUCGGACUCUGACAGCACUGGGUCUGGGGUGGGCUUCGCCCUAUCGGCUGCCGGUGACAGCGACUGGGACUCCGACAUGUCUGACUCUGACCCGGCCAGAUCCAAGCCUAAGACGGAGCCCUCCUGGGAAAUGUGGUCGGAGCUCGAGCAGGAAGUCCUGUCGGAAUUGUUUGCCGAGGCGGACGGAAAGGGGGUGGAGACAGUUGCAGAGGCGACACAGGGCGAGCUGACCAGGAAGGUGACAUGGCAGUUCAAACCCUCCAUUCAGACGGGAAGUAAAAAAGAUAAGGAAGUGACAUCGCAACUCUGCCAGGAGGAAGCUGGAGAGAUGUACACUGAUUAAGGGCUGUGUCUCAUCCCAGGAGGUUGUUUCCCUCCUUUCUGUCCCUACCCAACCCCUUUGCAGUUCUUAUGUCAGUGACUGGACAGGUGUUAACGAUAUAUGGAGUAAUGUUUGUGUUUGCCUGACUUCAGUUGAUGACACAGCUCUGUUUUACUGGGAUGAAGUCCCCACUACUAGGUGUGUAUAUAAUUUGCACAUAAUUGCGCAAUUAUCAGUCUACUCGAGUUACAGCCCAGUCGAAUCAGAACUACUGAAUGUAAGGGACAGUGAUUAAGGAUGCUGCCCCUUGAGUAUCUGAAUGAUAGUUGCCUCGAUAUUCAGCAAUGCACAGUAACUAGUCAAGACAAUCUGUGUUUAAAGGCUUAUUUUCACACACUAUAUUUAUUCCUUCAAGGAUCACUCCAAUCAUAGUUUACUGCACUACCAAAGGUUUGAGAGUAACUGAACAAUGAACUCUCAGCAGGCUACAUAUAGGAGGGCUGCAGUAUAGUGAGGGUGACUGGUCAGAAGGUUGUGCUGCUGUUUUCUCAUCAACUUUUGUCGCCAGCUAAAAGGCUAAACAGAGAACCCAUGAAAAUCUGCUACUGCUGCUUUAUUGAAUGUACUUUUGUUGUAUCCAAUGUUUCAUAUCAAAUGAGAUGCCGCCAUAAGCCAAACUGUAUUUAGAUGAUUUCAGAUUUGUGUUUGUAUUUACAUGUGGGAGGAGGUUGUGAAUGUAAUAUUGAAGCAACACACCUUUAGAUUUGCAAUAUCAGUAUAUAGUGUUAUGUUUCUUAUAUAUUCAUUUUGUGAUGGAGUUAUAUUUAGCAAAUACU